AUGAGAAGUUGCACCAAAGCAACCCUGACACUUGACCAAGAAGAAGGAGAAGAACCAGAAGAGUCCCCAGGACUCAGCACAACAAGAAUGAGCUCUUGCAGCACAAAGAGCCUGCUGCAGAAGCUAGAGAACAUCGACGAGAACACUCCUGCUGCCUGGGUACCCCUACCAUCAUCAUCGUCAUCUGCUGCACCCCCUGAGACACCCACCGAGUCCAUGGAGUUCCUAGCUAGAUCAUGGAGUCUCUCUGCCAUGGAGCUCUCCAAAGCUCUUUCCACUGGUGGCACACCACAUCAGGCACCCCCUCCUCUUCCUGGUAGUCUCCACAAGUCGGUGCCUCCAGCUCCUCCAGCUUCUUCUGCUGUUGGAAAGGAAUCUCAGUUGCCUAGUGCUGGUACUGGCAGUCCCCCUAUAUCUCCAAGAGACAGUGAAGAACUCAAGUCUGUGCAGGAGUUACUUCUACUUCAUCAAGCACUGAACCCAGAAUUCAUCUACAGUCAGCAAUUGCUCAAACAUGGGUUAUACAAGAGCAUCAUGAAGGGUAAAACGAUGGGGAGAAGGCUGAAGGAUCAUAAAGAGAGGAAGAAGCAGGAGAUCAGAACCCAUAACGCCCAAGUUCACGCAGCUGUCACUGUAGCCGGAGUGGCUGCUGCUGUCGCUGCUAUAACUGCCUCGAAUGCCAUGUCAGCAGAACUUGCAGCAGCAAAAGGCGAGACAGCGGCUUCCAAGACGCCAGCUGCAAUGGCAUCAGCGGCGGCUCUUGUGGCGUCUCACUGCAUUGAGAUAGCAGAGGACAUGGGUGCUGAACAUGAACAAAUCAUGACAGUUAUUGACUCGGCGGUCAACGUGAGGACUAACGGGGAUAUCAUGACUUUAACAGCUGGUGCAGCUACAGCUUUAAGAGCUGCUGCGACCCUGCGAGCAAGGCUGCAGAAAGGAUAUGGAGCCCCAGCACUUCCCUUGACAGAGGACAUGGAUGAAGAAGGCAAGGAGUCCAAAAUCUCAGCAGCAUUAAAAUUUGUCACCGAAGGGGAAGAACUUCUCAAGCGGACAAGGAAAGGAGCUCUACAUUGGAAGCGAGUUUCUUUCAGUAUCAGUACAACUUGUCAGGUGGUGGCUAAAAUGAAAAGCAAGCACAUGGCAGGGACAUUCACAAAGAAAAAGAAAUGUGUUGUGUUUGGAGUUCAGACUGAGGUGGCAGGAUGGCCAGGGAGGGAGACAGACGACUGCAGCGAGCAAAGAGCUUAUUUUGGGAUUAAAACAUCAGAGAGAAUAAUAGAGUUCGAAUGCUGGAGUAAAAAUGACAAGCAGAUGUGGGUUGAGGGGAUACAGCAUAUGCUCAGCUGCCGAGCUAAAGUUGCAUGAGUUCUAAAACAACAUUAUAGAGUUCCCAUUUGGAACUUCAGUGUCAUGUAUCAGAAAAACGGUCAAAGGGUUUACAGCAAUUGUUAGUCACGAAAUGUACAGGUGUUUGGGUAUAAUGGUAACAUUUCUUCCUUUAGAGGAGUUCAAAACCAUUAAUCAGAAAUGGCAAGGAAUGUUUGUUUGAUAGUUUUGGCUUAUUGGAUUAACUCAGCUGCGGCUUCAGCUCACUCCAG